AUGCACGGUUUUCAGAUUGUCUUCAACACGUUCAGCAAAGGAGAAUGGGGUAAGGAGGAAAGAAAGAGCAAUCCGUACAAGAAGGGCGAUGAUAUCGACAUUCGAAUCCGCGCCCACGAUAGCAAAUAUACUAUUUAUGCUGACCAGAAGGAAAUUAAGGAGUUUGAGCAUCGCGUUCCACUCUCCUCGGUGACACACUUCUCGAUCGAUGGUGAUGUGCUCGUCACAUAUAUCCACUGGGGAGGGAAGUAUUAUCCAGUUCCAUACGAAAGUGGAUUAGGAGGCGAGGGUCUGUCGCCAGGCAAAAGCCUGCUCAUUUACGCGACACCGGAGAAGAAGGGCAAACGAUUUCACAUCAAUUUGCUCAAGAAGAACGGUGACAUUGCGCUUCACUUCAAUCCGCGAUUUGAUGAAAAAGCAAUUGUUCGUAAUUCGCUAAUUGCUAACGAAUGGGGUAAUGAAGAGCGCGAAGGAAAAAUGAUUCUGGAGAAAGGAAUUGGCUUUGAUUUGGAACUCAAAAAUGAGGAAUAUGCGUUCCAGAUCUUCGUCAAUGGCGAACGAUAUGCGACGUAUGCUCACCGCCUGGAUCCACACGAGAUCAAUGGUCUUCAAAUUGGAGGUGACCUGGAAGUGACCGGUAUACAGAUGCAAGGAUGA